AGUUCAUUAUCUGGAUCACAGUCUUUCAGCAGCACUGCACACACUUUAUUUUUGUUUUCUUUAAAGAGCUCGCUAGAACAGCUUCUUAUACACCUUCAGCAGCCCCCACACUUUCUUUUAUAUUUUCGCCUUCUCCUCUCUCUCUCCCUAUUUACUUCUAUAUAAAUAUACACGCCUUGAAAUGCGUGCGGCACAUCGCGACUUUCAUUACGCUGCGUAGGUCUUCUUCUUCCUCUCUCUCUCUCAAACUCCUUCUCUUGUUAUUGUAACCGGUUCUCCGUUGUUGUCUUCACCAUUUACAGGUUGUGAAACAACGAACGCUUUCUUAUCUUUUCGUUGGCAACGGAGCCGCUACCAUAAUGAACUUCACUUAUUCCAAAACGCUAUUAUUUCUACUAUGAUUUGCUUCCCUGCUGAUAUUCUGUUUUCUCACAUCUGUUCGCUCUCUUGUCUCUCCAGGCCGCUCAUUUGACGGAGAAUUCGAUCCACUACCUGAGUUCUCGUAGCGGUUCCUUUCUCUUGUGCUGCUGUUUGUUUAUGUUUAUUUCUUUGCUUUUUUUAAAGCUUGUCCUCCCCUUGUAGAUAUUCAUCAGUACCCGCUCAACGUGGAGUGCAGACUUCAAAAGUCAGUAAACGUCAAAACCCUCUCUCUUUCUCUUUUUGGGAAGACCUUCACCACAUACACCUGCUAACACGUAGAGGUAGCGGCACCUGUUCGCCCGUGUUCGCUGCUUCGCGACCUCCCCUUACCUCUUUGACAAUUCAAGCCGCUGUUAGCACAACCGUCUUAGCUAACAUUUCUUUUUACUUCUUUUUUUUUUUCUUCUUUCACUGACAGCGCCGAGGAGGAUUCGAGAGCGUUUUCUCAACAAACCCACACGCACAAGCGGAAUUCUCUCUCUACUUAUUUGUAUACUUUUAUAUUCUGCAACUCUGCUCUUUUAUUUUUAAAAAUACCCUGCUUCUCGCCGAUCCAAUGCGGGCCGCCCGCCCACACGAUGCAGCUGCUUCGGCCGCCACGACGGCGACAUCACCACCUCAUCGCGGUCGUGCGGCAAGUGCGACGCUGCCGCGGACCGUCGUCCGCCUCGCUCCUGACUUUCGCCCAACAAAGACGCGCAGCAACCUCACCAAGCGCUCCGAAGGCCGCUACAACGAGCCGUACGCCGCCAUUGUGGAGCAGGAGGAUGACGUCUCCGUGCUGUGCGUGCAGCUCACGGCGCAGCGUCAGGUGCUGGUCCGCCACAUGCCGGAGCGGGAGUGGCAGCGCAUUGUCCGACACGGCGAGGAGGUGUACCCGGGCCAGGAGGGCGAGAGCAGUCAGCAUCUGGUGGCUCCGCCGGAGAUGAGUACGCUGCCUCGCAGCUUCCACGUGGAGAUGCAGGCGGCCUCGGCAAGCAACAUGAAUCACCGUGACAGUCUCACGAUUGCGGCCGCCACGGCGGAGCCGGCGGUCUUCGACUAUUUCAUUGCCCCAGAGAGUCGCGUAGGGAUUAUUGAUGCAGGACACCGCCCAUCCGCCUUCGCGUAUUUGCGGCUGCACGCCCGCUACAAAACGUCAGAGCUGCAACGAAUUGCGCGGGAGGACUGCCGGGCCACGCUCGCGGUGGAGCGGCGCAGCGUCUUUCUUCGGCAGUACCAACGUGACAUGCAGUGCCGCCUGGCGGGCAUAGCUCUCUACACGGUGGGCAAGGAGCUGCCGGAGCAGUUUGUGCAGACCUUCUUCAUGCUGGUCGAGAACGCACAGGCGAUGCGGCGCUAUCAGGCCCGAAUGGCGGCGAACAAUUCUCGCACGCCGGUGCCGCACAGCAGCAACGGAAGCCGCCGUGGCGCGUCGAGCAAUGGCCGAGACGGACGCUACCUCUUUACGCUCGACCAGGGAUGUACCAAUGGCGGUGAGCGGAUGCCAUUUGCCGGCCAGGCACCCGCCGACGGCUUCGUCGUCGUGACGUUCGGGCAGACCCGCGACGCCUUUCAUGCGACAUGGCGGCCGGGGAGCGACGCAGGCCGCUUUGCGUGGAUGGAGGAGGACGACGAUGACGCGAAGCCUUUUGUGCCCUACGACUACGGAAGUGCAGCGUACCUGCCACGGCCUGCGGAAAGCAACCUCACCAUCGCAGAGGAAAGCGGGGACGUGGACGUUGGGCGGUGCCCUUCGCCGCCUCUCCCGCGCUUCCCGGACGGGAAGGCGUUGCUGAAAGGCAGUGGCGUGGCAUCGAAUGAACAGACGCCGUUGCGGAGGCCCUCGAGGUCGCCAUCCUCGUCACCCCCACGCACCGCGCAGACCUGUGAAAAAAGAAAUACGUGCAAACGUCUGCGUUCGCGUUUCGGCAGUGUGAAUGCGCGGACAAACCAGUCUUGCACACCGUCGUCGCUGCGUCUGCCGCUGUCCCUGCACAAAGGCGGCGAAGGCACCGCUGGUGGACGUGUCCUGGUGCCAGCGCAGGCGUCGGUGCAGGUGGCGUAA